AUGCAACCCGAGCCCUAUGCGAAUUCCUCAAGAGUAGCCACAGAGAACACCACCGAGCAAUCCCCGUCUCCAGCCUCCCAGCAUGGACUUCCUCUCCACGACCACCGUCCAGCAGUCGCUCUGUCCUCAGAAGACGACGCCGGCGUGGACAGCACGACAGAGCCAAGCGAUCAGCUUGCACUCGAUGCCUCACUCGCUGCCUCACUGCAGGAAGCUGCCGAUGGUGCUCAGUCCCGCGGGGACCGAAGACUGAGCGCCAGGAACACGCCCUCGCCACCUGCGCGCAACCGCAUCGCAGAGUAUGAGCAAGCAUCUACACCACCAGUACGCAAGAGACAAGUGCCUGAGUUUGAAGUCAUCAAGAAGCAGCGUAGCCCAAGCGACAAGCGUGCUCCCGUACAAGAGUUGCCGAAUGAGCUCUUGACACACGCGUUGGCGCGUCUGUCACCUACUGACCUGGCAUCUGUGUCACUAGUCUCAAAACGGUUCCACGAUCUUGUUACCGGUCCCCACGCUUGGCGGACUGCCUUCGCGCACUACUUCCCAGGUCCCGACUCGAUCAACGCGGCUUUCCAUGACGACGAUGACGAUGAGGCACAAACGAUCCUCCGCUCCGACAGACGAGCUUUCACACGCCUGACAGCUCUUGCAUCAUGGCGCAGCGAGUAUAUCAUGCGGACCAGACUUCUGCGCUCACUGAGCCGUGGCAAGCCUGUUCAGCCUGCCCCAAAUGCGCACGCUUCUCGUUCUGGACACAGCAGUAAUGUGGCGCCUCUUGCGACCUACAGCUCUAAUUUGUUCACAACCAUCAACCACCUUCAUGCUACAUUCGGUACAGGUCUCAACAAACGCCCGCCACGCUUCAUACAUGGAGCUGAUGAUGUCGGUACUGUGACUAGCAGCGAUCCGACUACUGGCAAAUGCGAUGCAUGGGGUUUGUCUGAUCCACAAUUCUUCUUGCAGUUCGCCGAGCGUUUCCCAGGAGAUGCUCAGUACGGUCUUGGCCCCGGCGAAGUCGUGGGUGUGCCGAAUGUUAUGGAUGUCAGUCAGCCGUUCGGUAUGGUGGUUGGCGAAGGCUCACCUGGAGGCAUGGCAUACUUUCGGUCAACAGAAGAAAUGCGUGGCCGUUCUCUGCAAUUCUCGUCUGCCCUCUCUGUUCCCGAAGUCGGCAUACCCAGGAUUGCAUCGAGCAAGGAAGCUAUUACCUCAAUCUGGAUCGCCAAGUCCACCUCAAUACCUUCGCUCACGGACGGUCUGGUCGGCAUCCUCACUGGUUCUUCAUUGGGUGUGCUCACAGCCUAUAGUCUCGGCGCUGUCAACGGCUCCAACAAUCGUAAUCAGCGCUUUGGCCGUGGUGAGGUGACGGCUCGUUGGGUGCUGAGUCCCGGUGUUCCUAUCGUGGCUAUCGCGAUCGAUAACGACUACACCCUGAAGCGUCAGGCCCAGAACCGCAUCUGGGCUGUAGUGAUGAAUGCUCUCGGCGAAUUGUUCUACAUGACCAAGUUUCCUAAGCGGUCCCAUGUCGAGCGCGGCACUCGUCUAGAUGAUGAGGCGCUUGAGCGUACUGCAUGGCUCACUGGACGGAGUGUCUACUGGAACGCGGUGGAACCAAGCAGGCGAGUCGCCAAGAUUGAUCCUUACGCAGAUGCUACUGUCGACGGCAGCUACUCACCUCGGACGUCGUGGAACGGCAUGUGCCUAGGCAAGGACCAAGUUUCAGCAGAAACGCGAGAAAUCGAAGCCUUUGCUGCGCGCAAGCCUAGGGACUUUCAGCGCUCUUGUUCUGGUUGGGACAUGCGCCGGAGACUGGAAGUGGACUUUGCUGGCGACGAUGGUUGUAAUGCUGGCGAGCACGUCCUGGUCUUCGAUUGCGGCAUCGAGGAAGAAAGCGUGUCUUCGAUCAAGCGGUAUAGCCGCACUCGCUUUCAAGACAAGCCAGUCACGAGUUCCAUCACAACGCCGCCUUUGACCUCAGGCAGCACACAGUCAGCCAGUCCGCCCUCACUCUUUGGUGGCACUGCUUCUCCGGUACUCGCGCCAACGCCGACGUUCUCCUUCGACCGCCUGGAAGAUUCACUUGCUCAGGAAGACUUUACAGGGUCCAUCACUCCACGUCCCACGACUGAAGAGUGGCGAACCUCAAAUUUCUCCCUUGGCGGACUCAAGAAAGUGGAAAUCACGUCCACGACUAUUGACUUGUCUACUUUCGCCGCGCAAACCACGUCAGAGGAUCCGCUACUCAAUUUUUCUGGUCGCUCGAAUGCAUCUUCCCCGUCCUUCACGCCAAUGUCCGGUUCGGAGCCUACUGCGAAUCCUGCCGAUGUACCUGGUCAAAGGGCUCGGCUGUUCGCUGCAGGUACCAAGCUUGGCUCGGUCGUGGUCUGGGACGUUCGCGCUCCUAUUUCAAGGUCGAUCGACAAUUUCAACACGAUCGACCCCGUUCGCAUCAUACACACAGAUUCCCCUCAGAUAUCCUGCUUGGCCAUGUCUUCGCUGUACUUGGUCCACGGUGGUAAUGAUGGCCUUGUGCAAGCUUGGGAUCCGCUAGCAUCGGACAUGCAGCCAAUCCGUGUGCUGCACUCGCGUCACUCAUCUCGUGCUCGACGUCGGCUUGUGCAGGCUCAGGCAUCGCCGCAAGGCGUCGGCAUUAACAUGUUCGCUGCUGGUGCCAUCUGCGUAGAUCCGGAUUCGACCACCCUUCGUGGAGUGGUUUCGCUCGGCAAUCAGCUUCGGUACUGGUCAUUCAGCUCAUCUGCCGCAGAUCAAUACAAAUCUCAGAAACGUCGUCUCCGCCGUUCAGAGCGUGGCAGCAAUAACGGUGGCGAGCGCUUCUCUGGUGCAACUCGAGUCAACCUCAAGAACUACAUUGACAACGAACAGUUUGAGCUUAACCGGGAGAAGGAGCAGCGCAAGAAGGAUCAACAGCGCUUCGCUGGCCGCUUCGGCACAGAACUGCUCGAGGGUGCCAGUGAGGAAGAGAUGAUCGCUUAUGCUGCCAUGUUGAGCCAAGAGACCCUCGAACAGGAGACCAAGCGAAGACCGUCCGACACGAGUACUGCGACUAGCACUGUGGCAAGUAGUACUGAUCACAGUGUGUGGCCAACUACCGACGUGACUCCAGCUCAGUCGCCAUCACCACGAAUGACUAGCCCAAAGACUGACGAAGAGCUUGAUGCUGACAUUGCGGAGGCUAUUCGUCAGAGUUUGGCGAGCUCGCCUCCUGCAUACGACAUACCGAUCCGCCAUGCUAAGCAGAAGAAGAGGAAGGGUUCCUCAGCGCGACCAUCACCACAAGUAUCACCUCUGCUUGCAGGCGCUAGUAAGACCAACGAGAUGAGUGAUCUGGAUUUUGCACUGCAGCUUAGUCUUGCGGAAGAGCAGAGCAAGCAGACGGUCGAGUCUGAUGCAUUCCCUGGCCUGCCAGCUGCUCGCGGUACGAAUCCCAAAGGCAAAGGUCGAUCUGGUUGA